UAUCCUUAUCUCCUCCUCUCUCUCUCUCUCUCUCUCUUUUCGACCACAACACAUUCAGAACACGCAGACACACAUAUAUAAAUCAAUAGACUGACACAAAAUCACAGCAUCAUCAUCACAAACUCCACAAGCCUUUUUUACUCACAACUAAAAAGAGAUGGAGAUCCAAACAAAAUGCGACUUGGAACUUCGCUUAUUCCCGUCUUCUUAUAAUUCUGAUUUCCACACCUCGGUGGAAGAAUCAAGCAGCUCUGAAAUUUCACAACCAAAGCAAGAAUCUCAGAUGCUAACAAUUUUCUACAACGGGCACAUGUGUAUUUCUUCAUAUCUUACCCAUCUUGAGGCUAAAGCUAUACUGUCGCUAGCGAGUAGAGAUGUGGGAUCAUCGUUAAGAAGUUCAGACGGUUCGGAUCCUCCGAUGAUCACAAACAAUAUCACCACAAUUCAUCGUCAAAAGGCCUCUAUGAAGAGAUCUCUUCGGAGUUUUCUUGAGAAACGAAAUGUUCGGAUUCAAGCAACUUGCCCUUACCAUCAUUCCCGAUAGCAUUAUUUAUUUAUUUCAAUUUUUCUCUCUCUCUCUCUUUUUUUUUUGGCUGCGACAUAAUCCAAUUGUGUGUGUUGGGUUUUUUUUUUUCGUGUUUAGGAUGCCCUUAAUUAGUUAGCUUUAGAGUUUAAAAGUUUCAGAUUUUUCAGCAAUUUGUGUUUAAGUGUUCAAGAAAGAACUUUUAGCUUCUAGCUACCUUAAUGGAUAUAUCUAGUAACAUGAGAACAAUUUCAAGUUAUAACGAUAGGUUUGAAGACAUCAAAGUAUUAUUUUCAUAUAAAGGUAUGUAUAAUCAAAUUCACUUUAAAUCGGUCAAUGUAUUGGUAGCCAUG